AUGUCGCAAUACUACGGCGCACCGCCAAACCAGGGCUACGCCCCUUCCAACGCCCAGAACCUCCAGUUCUACCCCUCCUCAUACACACAGCCCGUGUCCGGCCACGCAACACCUUCACAAGCAGCAUACGGCUACGGCGGGCCCUCGUCGUCUGGUGGCUAUGGCGUAGGAACCGGUGGCUUCUCCUCGGGCUUUGGCGGUAGCAGCGCGGCUGGCGGCGUUUCGGGUCGCAUGGGCGAGCAGGGCGGACUGAGGACCGGAUGGCUGGCGGCCUUUUCGACGGAAGGGUACGAGGGAGAGCCUCCUCUGCUGGAGGAGCUGGGCGUUAACUUUGGACAUAUUCGAUCAAAGACCCUAGCAGUCCUCAACCCCUUCGGCCGCAUCGACCAACACCUAAUGGACGACUCCGACAUGGCCGGCCCCGUCCUCUUCUUCUUUCUCAUGGGCACCUUCCUCCUCCUAUCCGGCCGCGUCCAUUUCGGCUACAUCUACGGCCUCGCCCUCUUCGGUUCCAUCAGCCUGCACGUCAUCCUCUCGCUAAUGGCUCCCUCGGCCGGUGUUCCCUCCUCCUCCGCCUCUGCCUCCGGCCCGGCUGGCCCUGGCGCCCCAGCACAAGCCUACUCGUCCUACCCAGGCCCGUCCGCAACCUCCAUCUCGUCCGCCUCCAUGUCCGCCGCCGACCACGACCACAGCGCCGGUCGCUCCACUUUGACCUUUGCCCGCUCCGCCUCGGUGUUGGGGUACUGCCUGCUCCCGCUCGUGGCCACCAGUCUGGUCGGGAUCGUGAUGCCCAUGGAUACACCCCUCGGCAUCGUCCUGACGAGCGCGGCCAUCUUGUGGUCGACCUACUCGGCUAGCGGCAUCUUUUGCGCCGUGUCGAGGAUGCGGAGCAUGCGGGCGCUGGUGGCGUACCCGCUUGCGCUGUUUUAUGUGGGGUUUGGCAUCAUGAGCGUGUUUAGCAGCAAGGGGAGUGGGUCGUUUGCCAAGGUUGGAACGGCUUCUUCAUUGUGAUGAGGUUGUGUGUGUAGUCUGUGUGUGUAAGGGAGGGUGGACAAAAAGUUGGUAAUGAAUGGGGGGGGUUAGUGGGAUAGGGGGUCGUAGAUGUUACUUGGGUAAUGAUGGGGUUAUAUAUGUAUGUAUGCUUGGGUUGGGUUGGGUCGGUUGGUUGAUUGGCUGAAAUGGUGUCCAGUGUGCCUACUACUGGGUAUCAAAUAUACAAAAGAAAUCAAAUCACUAACAAUGCA